AUGGCGGACAUGAGGGAAUUCGACGUUAUCCGGGUAGCCAGAAGCGAUGGUUCGGACACUGGCCCAGGAUAUUGGCCGAUGACCGCACCAGCCCCUGCUACCUCGAUGAAGAAGACAGCUAAGGACGCCAUCGCAGCGGAAAAGGCGCCGAGGACAAAACCGCAAAUGGUCCGGCUAGCCGAGGACGACCCUAGGUUCGUCGAGUGGAGGGUUAAGCUGGGCAUCUUGCUGAAACAGGAGCUCUGCCCAAACCCCGAUGAAGGGAACUCAUGGUAUGUCCAGUUUCCGCGAGGAUACUGGCUGUACGAAAAAUCGAAACACCUUUGGGUUUCUGGUUACCCACUAAAGGCCAAGCUCUUCAAGAGCCCUCAAGAGUUCGCCGUCCACCUGAUAUGGUUGCUCUCCACUUCCAUGGACUACCGGGACUGCUGCUGUGCGCACUGCAAUGCGGGAAAUCUGGCCAAAGGAGCCGCCGCCAUGGAGGAUACUCUCAUCAUCACUCAUGAGGCACCGAAGCCCGAGAAGAUGCCUCCCAAGGUCACGCCAGUCCCGCUGCCCCAGAUACCUGGACAGCCGCUGCUUAAGCAUUCCGUUGCCGUUCCACGUUCGACAUCGGCACAGUCAACCCCGGUGGUAACAGCCCAGAACUCACCGGUGCCUGCUGUAACUAAACCCAAGGUGCAAACCCUGCCACCCCAAUCUCUACCACCCGUCCAACCACCCGUCCAACCUUCACCUCAACCAUUACCUCAGGCUCAGGCCCAAGCCCCGCCCCCGCAGUCUCAAGCACCUCCCCAGCUUCAAUCUCAACCUCAAAUACAAACGCAGCCUCAGCCUCAGGCCCAACCCCAAGUGGCCCCGCAGCCCCAGGUUCAACUACAACCUCACCAGCAGCAACAACAAGCACAACCCCAGCCUCAACCGCAACCACAAAUCACCCAAUGGGCUCUCAAGUCUUCCCUCAUGUUCCGUGCGGGAGAGCUGGUUUGGUAUCAGAACGGAACUACCUGGCGUCUCGGCAUGAUUGCUGCCUCUGCUAAUGGCAAUCAUGAGCUCAUGCCCAUCGGACACGGCGUAGUUCAACAACAGAACGUCAACAAGCUUGAUGGCGACAUGCGACCAUUCCACGCCUUUACAGUUCCCCCAGUCGCUAUUCCUGACCUAAAGGAGAAGAUAUUCGAUGAGAUUCCCUGGGAAGGCAUGUUCCGAGCCCCAGGGAACGACGGAAACAAGCGGGAAUUGAUUACCCUCGAUGCCUCCAAGAUGGCCGCUGCCAAGAUCGACUACUCCUAUUCGCUCUGGACCCAAUUAUCUGAGGAUCCCAACGCUAAGACUGUUACAUACUACGGAUGUUUCUUCGGAGCCGAACGGGUUGAGAUCGGAGAUACCCUCCGCCUGAGGUCACUUCCUGCCGAGUUCAACGUUCCAGCUGAGACUGGCGUCUUGGGUCUACGAUUUAUCUUCACGACCAAGGACUUCCCUGGCGGCGUGUUCUUCCGUGGACACAUCUAUCAGCCCGUAAAGGGAGAUGCCGACCCCCCGAACGUCGUUGCUGAAGAGCACCUGCCCAUUGCCCUGAGGGAUGAAAGCCAGUGGCGCAACUCGACAAGUCCCGGCAAGCGCUGGCGCUGGGCCCUUGUCAAGGAGAAUGUCGUGUUCAAGGAGCAAUCGAUUAGAGGUCGAUUCUACCCCAUCCACCGACUGAUGCCCAUUCUCAACCCCGAUGGCUUCCGGCAGGCCGUCGCCCAGGGCCAGACCGACGAACAAUACGCGCACCUUAACAACCGUAUGGAUGGGUCUGGGAGGUACCUGGGCCGCAAGUCAAAUCGUCUGAACGCCCUCGGUGCCUCAGUACCCCACACAGCGAGAUUUGCGAUGGAACCCUAUGUAAGGGAGGAGGCUCCUAAGGACCCGGGGGCGCAAAAGGAAUAG